UUGCAGCCCUCUCAGCUGUCAGAUGUGGUGAUCUCCAUGGUAACUCAAACCCCCAGACUCUUGACAGCAGCCUGCGAGGAGCAGCAUUCAGCGGCUCAAGGGUCUCACGACCAGAGCGUGGAUCACACUUCUCGUAAACCUCAUCAUAUUGAGGUUGGGCUAAGAUGAGCAUAACCAGUGACGAAGUGAAUUUCUUGGUGUAUCGCUAUCUUCAGGAAUCGGGUUUCUCCCACUCGGCCUUCACCUUCGGUAUCGAGAGCCACAUCAGCCAGUCCAACAUCAACGGAACACUAGUGCCACCUGCCGCACUCAUCUCCAUCCUCCAAAAGGGGCUUCAGUAUGUGGAGGCCGAGAUUAGCAUCAACGAGGAUGGUACAGUAUUUGACGGCAGGCCAAUAGAAUCACUGUCACUUAUAGACGCGGUGAUGCCUGAUGUUGUACAGACCCGGCAGCAAGCAUUCAGAGAGAAACUAGCUCAGCAACAAGCCAGUGCAGCAGCGGCAGCAACGGCAGCAACAGCAGGAGCAACGACGACUGCUGUUUCCCAGCAGAACACACCAAAGAACGGAGAAGCCACUGUGAACGGAGAGGAGAAUGGGGCACAUGCAAUAAAUAAUCAUUCAAAGCCAAUGGAAAUUGACGGGGAUGUUGAAAUUCCUCCUAACAAAGCAACAGUCCUUCGGGGCCAUGAAUCAGAGGUGUUCAUCUGUGCCUGGAACCCUGUCAGUGACCUGCUAGCAUCUGG